GGACGCUCAGGUGCCUGCGCGGGCGCCGGUGCUUUUAUUAUCUGUGGCGCGCGCAAACAUUUCAGUUCAGCUUCAGACUCCGCGAGAGACGCACGUCUUUAACGUUAGAUCAAAUCUAAAACUUUAUCGAUAUCGAACACGAUACCGAACUUUGACUUUGAAUUUUUGUUGGAAGUGAAUUUGAAUUGUUAUUGGUGAAUAAGAUGAAGGUUCUUGUUGACGACAAAGUGUCGUGUGUGGGAGAGGAACCGCGGGUGGAGGAGGAAACACAGAAAUUGACCAAGGAAGAAUUAAACAGAGGCUGUCCCCUGGGCGUGUCCCGCGUCACAUCAUCCGUGUUCGUGUGCGGCGCGCACGCGCUGCCCGGCGCGGUGGCGGCGCUGCGGCCCGGGCUCGUGGUGAGCGCGGCGCCGGAGCUCCCGCCCUUCGACGGCGCGCCGCUGCACUGCGUGCCGCUGCUCGACACCCCGCAUUCUGACAUGCACCCGUAUAUGGAGAGGGUUGCUGAUCUGAUUAAUGAGGUCGUAUCACGAGGAGAAGUCGUAUUAGUGCACUGCGUUGCUGGCGUGUCACGAUCUGUCACGCUGUGUCUAGCUUACCUGAUCAAGUGGGAGAAGAUGACACUGCGGGACGCCUACCACCAUAUGAAAAUUAGACGACCGCAAAUUCGGCCGAACACCGGAUUCUUCAAACAGCUCAUCAAGUACGAAGAGAGGUUGUUCGGUGUGCCAUCAGUGAAGAUGGUGUACUGCGAGGCCAUCGACAAGGAGAUACCGGACGUGUACGAACCGGACUACAGAGGCAUGAUGUGGUUCCGGAAGAGAUAUGGUCCGAUCGAGAAGUGCUAGUGACUGGACAGGCAUGACUGCGUAUUUAGCAAGAUAAUAGUGGUUUUUCUGCAUCAAAAACUUAAUUUUCGAGAUACCUUUCUUCAAAAUUUCUUGUUAUAGUUGCUUCAAAAAAAUUUUUUUUAGCUCUGAAUCAUUUCAGUAUAGUCUUACUCUGGCGGAUUACUAACUAGUAUCUUGUUAUUAAAGUGACUGUGUAGAUCUGAAUAGGGACUCUGAAAGAGAUCGUAUGAAGUGAUAUAAGACUGAAGGAAUGAAUGUUUACGGAUGUGCUAGGAGAGGUUUGAAAGACUGGAGGAAUAAUUUCUUAAGAUUUUUUGUCGAUAUAAUGUUAAGUACCUAGGUAAUUCAGUUAAAAUAUAUCGUAUAACAAGGAUCUGUAAUUUGGAAUAUACUUAUAAUAUUAAUCAUUUUGUACUUUACCGUCUUUAUUUAUUUUAAGUCAUUUGAGGUAAAACAAAAACAUUGUUUUGGUGUGCGAAAUUUAGUCAACAUAUUAAAAACUAUUUUCGAGUAUUACCCACCACUAUACUUACAGCUACAUAAUCUAAAAUGGUGAAUAAUGACCAUUAUGACCGAUGAUGUAAUCGUAAAAGACGACAAUUAUAAGGAACUUAAUGUUUGCGUCUAAAAUACGUUUAAAUCUUAAUUGUUUUUAGACUGUUAAGAUCCGAUUAAUGAGUAAACUAAUAUUUAUAAUUAUUUAUGCGAAUAACUUGAGCUUUUCGAAGUAGGAAGAUAGCAUUCAAAGCAAUGUGAUAUGUAAUUGUUAUGUUAUCUUAGUCAAGUAAGUUAUUUAUUUGUGUUUAAUUUAUUGGGACCAAAAUAAAUAAGUCAUGAAUUUUC